UUUUUGUACUGAUUUACUUCUUAGACGAUAUUGUGAAUGUUCUUGCUGCCUUAAGAAAAAUAGCAAAUGAAAUGAUGGUUCAGAGGGGUAGGGGGGAUGAUUUCUAGUGUAGCAUUUAUUGGAUAUCCACACUGUAUUGGUGCUCUGGAGACUACAAGAAGAUUGAAAAAUAGUUUGACUAAAGAUUUUGUUGCCACUUGCUAUAUAAUAAACUGUGUUAGGCUCCAGAAAUACAGAAUCAUAUUAAAAGUAGUCCAUUCUCUCAAAGUCUUUAGAGGAAUCAGAGGCAAAGGGGAGAGCUUAAGCAAAGAUAUAUAGGGUAAGCACUCAAGGCCUAUUUUAGGGAUGGUUAGUAGCCGAAAUCAGAUUGAUUCUAUUCUUUGCAGCCAAAGAUGGAGAAACUCUAUACAGCCAGCAAAAACAAGACGGGAGCUGACUGUGGCUCAGAUCAUGAACUCCUUAUUGCCAAAUUCAGACUUAAAUUGAAGAAAGUAGGGAAAAGCACUAUAUCAUUCAGGUGUGACCUGAAUCAAAUCCCUUACGAUUAUACAGUGGAAGUGACAAAUAGAUUCAAGGGAUUAGAUAUCAUAGACAGAGUGCUGGUAGAACUAUGGAUGGAGGUUCAUGACAUUGUACAGGAGGCAGUGAUCAAGACCAUCCCAAGAAAAAGAAAUGCCAAAAGGGAAAAUGGUUGUCUGAGGAGGCCUUACAAAUAGCUGAUCAAAGAAGAGAAGCUAAAGGCAAAGGAAAAAAGGAAAGAUAUGCCCAUUUGAAUGCAGAGUUCCAAAGAAUAGCAAGGAGAGAGAAAAAAGCUUUCCUCAGUGAUCAGUGCAGAGAAAUAGAGGAAAAUAACAGAAUGGGAAAGACUAGAGAAAAUUAGAGAUAUCAAGGGAACAUUUCAUAUAAAUAUGGGCACGGUAAAGGACAGAAAUGCUCUGGACCUAACAGAAGCAGAAGAUAUUAAGAAGAGGUGGCAAGAAUACACAGAAGUAUACAAAAAAGAUCUUCAUGACCCAGAUAACCAUGAUGGUGUAGUCACUCACCUAGAGCCAGACAUCCUGGAAUGCAAAGUCAGGUGGGCCUUAGGAAGCAUCCAUCACUAGGAACAAAGCUAGUGGAGGGGAUGGAACCCCAGCUGAGCUGUUUCAAGUCCUGAAAGAUGCUGCUGUGAAAGUGCUCUGCUCAAUAUGCCAGCAAAUCUGGAAAACUCAGCAGUGGCCACAGGACUGGAAAAGGUUGGUUUUCAUUCCAAUCCCAAAGAAAGGCAAUGCUAAAGAGUGUUCAGACUACUGCACAAUUGCACUCAUCUCACGUACUAGCAAAGUAAUGCUCAAAAUUCUCCAAGCCAGGCUUCAACAGUACGUGAACUUCCAGAUAUUCAAGCUGGAUUUAGAAAAGGCAGAGGAACCAGAGAUCAAAUUGCCAACAUCCUCUGGAUAAUCGAAAAAGCAAGAGAGUGCCAGAAAAACAUCUAUUUCUGCUUCAUUGACUAUGCCAAAGCCUUUGAUUGUGUGGAUCACUCCAAACUGUGGAAGAUUCUUCAAGAGAUGGGAAUACCAGAUCACCUGACCUGCCUUCUGGGAAACCUGUAUGCAGGUCAGGAAACAACCGUUAGAACUGGACAUGGAAUGACAGACUGGUUCCAAAUAGGGAAAGGAGUAUGUCAAGGCUGUAUUCUGUCACCCUACUCAUUUAACUUAUAUGCAGAGUACAUCAUGAGAAACCCUGGGCUGGAUGAAGCACAAGCUGGAAUCAAGAUCACUGGGAGAAGUAUCAUUAACCUCAGCUAUGCAGAUGACACCACCCUUAUGGCAGAAAGUGAAGAACUGAAGAGCCUCUUGAUGAAAGGGAACGAGGAGAGUGAAAAAGUUGGCCCAAAGCUCAACAUUCAGAAAACUAAGAUCAUGGCAUCUGGUCCCGUCACUUCAUGGCAAACAGAUGGGGACACCAUGGAAACAGGGAGAGACUUUAUUUUCUUGGGCUCCAAAAUCACUGCAGAUGGUGACUGCAGCCAUGAAAUUAAAAGACACUUCCUCCUUGGAAGAAAAGCUAUGACCAACCUAGACAGCAUAUUAAGAAGUAGAGACAUUACUUUGCCAACAAAGGUCCAUCUAGUCAAAGCCAUGGUUUUUCCAGUAGUCAUGAAUGGAUGUGAGAGUUGGACUAUAAAGAAAGGUGAGCACCAAAGAAUUGAUGCUUUUGAACUGUGGUGCUGGAGAAGACUCUUGAGAGUCCUUUGGACUGCAGGGAGAUCCAACCAGUCAAUCCUAAAGGAAAUCAGUCCUGAAUAUUCAUUGGAAGGACUGAUGUUGAAGCUGAAACUCCAAUACUUUGGCCACCUGACGCGAAGGACUGACUCAUUUGAGAAGACCUUGAUGCUGGGAGAAAUUGAGGGCGGGAGGAGAAGGGGACGACAGAGGAUGAGAUGGUUGGAUGGCGUCACCAACUCAAUGGGCAUGAGUUUGAGUAAGCUCCAGGAGUCGGUGAUGGACAGGGAAGCCUGGUGUGCUGCAGUCCAUGGGGUCACAAAGAGCCGGAUACGACAGCAACUGAACUGAACUGAGUAGGCUGAAGUGAUCAGGCAGUAACUGUGGUGCCUGAAGUGGUGGAAGAUAAGGUUGGAAAUGCAGAUAUUGACCAAACUCUGAAGUGCUUUAAAUCAAGAUGAGGGAUGUUUACUUCCCUGGUUUCCUAGAAAGCUUUUUGAGCGUGGAUGUGAAGUUAAAUUUGAUUUGGAAUGCACUGCUGGUGGCAUGCUGUGGGAUGGGUUGCAGAGCAGAAGAGCUGAAAGUAGUGAUACAGGUCAACUGAAACUGUAAUGGAGAAGCAGAAAGUUGAGGAGAAUUCGCAGGCACAAAACUGCCAGGAGUUGACUUGGUGGGUGAUGAGCUGGCUAGAGUUGAAGAUACCAACCAGAAUUUUAAACUUAAGUAACUGAGAUGAUGGUGUUACCCUUCACUAGAGUGGAGAGGAGUUGAUGUGAAGUCAUAGGAAACAGACCAAAAGAUUACUGUAUGAGUUGCAUAUGCACAACCAUGUAAACCGCUUUAUGGGCAUACUCAGUUUGGGAGGUCAUUUUGACUGCCUGACUUUUCAUCUCACAAGUGAACUCAAGUGACUCUAUUAGACCAGAGAAAUUGAGAUUCAGAGUCCUCAUGGAGGAGCCAGCCUUAGAAAGGAGAGAGGCACGAUUAUAUCUGAAGCUGAGAAGAGGGGAUAAGGAAUCCUGCAGAGGAAGUUUUGGGGAAAGUUGAGCAAUUGAUAGAGCAGUAUGACUGAUGAUGAAGCCAUCUAAGAUGGCAGGACGUGGAUGGGGUGACUUCGGGGAGGGCAGAGGAGGUUUGACACAGAUGUGCAGAUGAGUGGCAUGGGCCCAGCUAAGGCUGGCUGCAUAAGCAGUGUGCUCUUCCCAU